GUGAGCUAUAAGUUCUGAGGAGUGAGGGAUCUUUCUAGGUAACCAGUCUUUAUCUAGAAAUAUCGUGUAGAAAGAGAACUUGACUUAGAAAAAGCAAUGCCCAAAGACUCCCAUGCUUUCCGUUGGUCAACAACCAACCACAGCUCUCUAUAGUUCUUCACUACUCGUACAGGCUUGACGGAGUUAAGCUGUCUGGAGGGAAUCAUUUUUUCUCAAUCAAGAAUGCCUCAACUGGAUAAAUUCACUUAUUUUACACAAUUCUUCUGGUCAUGCCUUUUCCUCUUUACUUUCUAUAUUCCCAUAUGCAAUGAUGGAGAUGGAGUACUUGGGAUCAGCAGAAUUCUAAAACUACGGAACCAACUGGUUUCACACCGGGGGAACAACAUCCGGAGCAACGACCCCAACAGUUUGGAAGAUAUCUUGAGAAAAGGUUUUAGCACCGGUGUAUCCUAUAUGUACUCUAGUUUAUUCGAAGUAUCCCAAUGGUGUAACGCUGUCGACUUAUUGGGAAAAAGGAGGAAAAUCACUUUGAUCUCUUGUUUCGGAGAAAUAAGUGGCUCACGAGGAAUGGAAAGAAACAUAUUCUAUUUGAUCUCGAAGUCCUCAUAUAGCAUUUCUUCUAAUCCUGGAUGGGGGAUCACUUGUAGGAAUGACAUUAUGCUAAUCCAUGUUCCACACGGCCAAGGAAGCAUCGUUUUUUAAUCUCAUUAUGACUUGGUCGUUCGGAAGAGAUUCUUUCUCGAUCAGAAUAGUGGAAUGGAAGGCACUACAAGAAAAAGAAACUCUUUUUCAAAUCGCCCCGCGAAGACGGACGUUUAGAAAGGUUUUCGAUAUUCUCAAUCGCUCUUUUUUUUGAGUGGGGGGUAAGAGUGCGGGAAGGGGGCGAGACCAAGCCGAGCCACUAGGAAAGUCAGCCCUUCCCACGUGUAAAGUUGAAUAAAUGCAGCCUCAACCAGAGAGAUCAACCUGCGCCUUUGAUUUUAGGCCGCCGA